UUGGAUGAAAGUAGUCUCCAUAAAACCUGUGACGAAUUCUUUAAAGGCCAUCCUUCUCGCAUUCAUAGAGGCGCACGAAGAACGUUGGGGGCAGCUCGAAACGUUCUUAAAUCGUUCGGAAGCAUGGAAGGGAACUCUUCCGAUCCUCAGCCGAACAGUUCUGCAGCAAGUGCGACCGAUGGUAGUAGCGAGCGCGAUAUCGCCAGCAGGCGGAACCGACUGAUGCGCAUCACCCAGCGAACGAUCGACACGGACGACGAUAGCAGCAGGAGCAGCCGGAACAGCAACCGGAGCAACAGCGAUGGGGAAGACAACAAUCGUGAACUGUUGAUGGAAGAUGCGGAGAAUCCCGCCGAAGAUGAGCAGUUCGAAAUGGGCAACAUCGUUUCCGGACAGCAGGCUGAUGAGGAAGCCCGCCUCUUCGAGGACUACAUCCGGGAGCGAGAAUCAACAGGGACAGAAAUCUACAACACAGAGCUCCCAACUGAGCAUGCCUAUCUGGGAAAGCUGGAGAGAGUCGAAGGAGUGGAUUACCUGGAACCGGGAAAGCAAUACCGCAUGCCGAUUUACAGCCAUCAUUCGGUGGUGUAUCCGGGCGAGAUAGUGCCACUAAUGCUGAAUGCCUCCAGCCUAUACAGCACCGCUGGUACCGAUGACGAUUCUCCCGAUGGGCUCAAAUUUGGCCUUGUGUUCCAGGAUCAGUACACGAGCAAGGGUCGCGUGUACGGCGUCACGUGCCAGGUGUACGAGCGGGGCGAUGAAGGUGAAUCGGCUCUAUUAAAAACCAUCGCUCAGCAGAGAUUUUUCAUCGUGCGUCAAUCAUAUGGCAGAAGAGCCGAAGUGAAGAUACUUCCGGAAAUCGUGCUACCAGACCCGUUGCUAAGCAGCUGCUCGAACGCGAUGGUUCGGUAUGCAUACGGUCGGCGAAAGGAUCGAGUGACUAGCUUUAAGCGCAUGCUAGCCCAAACGAACGUAUGGCCAAAGUUUGUGUACGAUCAGUACGGCACGGAGGAGGUGUUGACGAAGGUGAAGCGUUACCUCUCAUCCGUCAAGAUCACGAGCGUUCCAACCGAUCCAAUAAAGCUGUCGUUCUGGCUGGCGAGAAACAUCCCGCUGACGGAGGAGAACCGCAAAAUGAUCUUUUGCACCGACUCAGUGCUGCGCCGUAUGCUCAUUAUCAACAAGGCGCUUGAUCAUAUGUGGUACUUUAUCUGUAAGCGAUGCGAUAACGAGAUCGCAAAUUACAACGAUAUUUUCGCGAUGUCUAAGCAGGGCGUGCAGACGAGCUACUGCAAUCCUUCGGGCUACGUACACGACACACUGACGGUGCUGAAAACGAAGGAAAAUUCGACGCUAACCGUUGAUCGACCGUCUACUGAUUUUAGCUGGUUUCCGGGCUACUCCUGGCAGAUUACAGUUUGUGCGAACUGUCGGCAGCAUCUGGGCUGGAAGUUUGUGGCCACAAAGAAAAACUAUCUCCCCAAAAGCUUCUUCGGACUGUCGGGGAUAAAUAUAACGGUGAAAUCGCAUGGUGAUCUAAAGAAGAACCAACCAGAUGCCAAUGACGGUGCCAAUGGAGGGCCAGCGGCUGCCAGCAGUAGCCACGACAGCAGUAGGUUCGGUCGGAUAGUAGUAACUGCCGAGAACUACAGCUCGAGCAGUGAUGAUGAUUAUUUUACCUUCGAUUAGCAGCGAAACGCAUCGACGGUUCGUUCGUUGACUCUGUGUAUGUUGAUUAUUUUUCUUUUAGUUUUAUAUUUCUAUUUCUUUCAAGAAGAUCGCCUGUAGUAGCGUGGCUACACAAACUGUUUGGAAUGCGUUCUUAGCGUUCCUUCUCCUUCCUCCUAUUCUUAAGGCUCUUGGCUGACUCUCUGUUAUAGUAUUUCAUUUGUUUUGCUGUUUGCUUGAUCGCCGAACAAGCUCGUGUUUUUUACACCGUACCAUUUAGUGAGGAUUCAGAAAAAGUAGUCGAAGACUGAUUUUGACAUGCGAUAGUGCCGAAACACACGGCAUAUACCCCAGCGAGUGUAAUCAUAUUUAUUUAGUUAACACCAAUGAAUCGCUUCCUCUUGUGCGAUUGCGAAAUUAUUCUCAAUCGGGGCGUAAAUAAGAGACGUUGUUGGAAACGACCCAAGAGCACUGCGUCGAGUUCUCGUAGUAGAUCCUGUCCAGAGAAAGGAGGAAAGCCAUUCGCGGGGAAUGUAUCUGUUUCCUAUCACCUGCGCUCGCAGUAAGUAAAUGUCCACCAACCACGACACAACAGUUAUAGCCCUUUCUGGGUGAGUUUUCGCCAAUGUGUUGAAAAUAAAUGGAACAUAAUGUAUG